AUGGCGACACGUCCUCUCUCAAGCCGUUCUCUGGAUCUUCACCAAACCUGGACGGGACCCCUUCCCAAGGACGUCCAAAGGGCCUCUGUCAACCUUCACCCACGGACAGCCUAUGUCACUGGCACUGGCACAGCCCCAGUAGAUCCACCAGAUCCGGAGUCCUUACUGGCCUCGCUCCUCCACAUCUGGAAGAAGUUGACAGUGGACAUGGACAACCAUUGGGUAUGGGUCCCGGAAUACAUCUACAUUGAAGACAAGGAACAAGGUCUACUGGAGGCACUGGAGCAGGGAAAGCUACAGGUGAUCAGCAAUGGCUCCUUCAAGCAACAAGUGGGCACAGCCGCAGUCCAGCUCCGGACUUGA